AUGAGUCGAGUGUAUGUAUUAGGUGCUGGGAGUAUUGGCUCGUUAUUUGCACAUGAAAUAAGUAAAUCGUCUGAACUUGUCUUGUUGCUUCGAAAUAUGGCCAGAGUACACCAGUUUCGAGCCAUGAACAACGAACUUAAAGUGAUACGACUGAACCUGGCCACUGAAAACAUCACAUCUAUGAAGUCUACAGGGAUACUAGCUCAAUGCGAAGCUCCACCAGGUAUUAUUGAUAACUUAAUAGUAUCCACCAAAACAUACUCGACGGAACAAGCCAUCAGACCAUAUGUUCCAUGUCUUACAGAGAACUCGAACGUGCUUAUUCUUCAGAAUGGGAUGGGAAUGGAUAAAAUAUUAUCAGAGAAUUAUUGGCCGGAUUUAAGAAAAAGACCUCAGAUAUACCAAGCCGUGACUACUCAUGGUGCUUAUAAGGCUAAUUUCAAUACUGUUCAUCACGUGGCACAGGGUCAAGUGUUCUUGUCUAAACCAGAACAUAAAUCUUUGGUUAGCGAAGAACCCAUUAGUCAUCCUGAAAUGAUCCAGGCCCUUUUAAACAAUCCUGCUUUGAAUGUUCGAUAUUUACCAUACCCUGAGUUUCUACUAAAGCAAAUGGAGAAAUUGGUUAUCAAUGCAUGUAUAAAUCCGUUAACUGCAUUAUUAGAUUGUAAGAAUGGUGAGCUUUUAUAUGGAUCUCGAGUGUCUACGAUUAUGCGGAAAGUUAUCUCUGAAUGUGUUGAUGUUUUACUGGCUGAGUAUCGGUUUGAAUUAAGUGAAUCAUCUGUGGAGAGUGCUAACUUUUUGGAUAAGGAUCGUUUACUUGAUGUGGUGAUUGAGGUAUGCAGAUUAACCAGCAAGAAUAGUUCGUCGAUGAGAGAAGAUGUUAGAGCUUUAAACAGAACAGAGAUUGAUUGGUUGAAUGGAUUUAUUGUUAGUAAAGGUAUUGAAAGAGGCAUUUCAACACCUACAAAUUUGCUAUUAUCCAGUAUGGUCAAGAGUAAGUUGAGCAUUGAGACUGCAUCUGAAAGCAAUAGCAUCAACUUAUCGUAUAAGAUGUGA